UCCUGAUCGCCAUAAUCAGUUCGUUCCCGUCGCUCGGCUCUGCAAUCUAGUCGGUCACGCCGGACGCCAGGGGCCCAGGACUAGUCCAUCGCUGAGUACCUGACUCGGUCACGCCGCCUGAAUCCUCCGCCGUGCGGCACCAUCACGCGUUCCCGUGGCACACCGUCUCCAGUCUGCAUACUCUUCCGCUGCUGCCUACUCGUCUUCUACUACUCGGCGCUAGGACUUCAAAAUUCACAUGGCAGAGACUGAGAAGAGAGCUUCUUCAUCUGCCAAUUCAAAAGAGAAAAGCUCAUUGCUAGAUCUUGACAUUGGAAACGACUUUCUGAACUCAUGGAAGUCCAUUUCUAUUGGGGACGAUGCUAUGGAUUUUGACUUUGGGCCUAUUUCCAAGAAUAAGAAAAAAGCAUUCAACUUUGAUCAAGAGGAUAUGAAUUUCAAUCUUGACAGUGAUUUUAGCAAGAUGCCGUCGUUCAAUAUUGACAUGCCAGACCUUGAUAUUUCUUCUCCAUCCAAGAAAAAUGGAAAGGCAAAGGAGAAACCCAAAGAAUCUUCUGGUGCCAGUAAUAAGGGGAAGACAGAUGGCUUUAACUUUCACUUUGAUUUUAAGGAGUUGGACAUUUUUAGUCUUCAGUCAAGCCCGAGGAAAGAAGAUCAAAGUAAGAAGGAUCUAGAAAUUGAAGGUUCUUCCGAAACAAGUGCACAUCAAGGCUCUGUAGUCCAUCUGACUGAAGAUGUUGGUGUACUUGACGCUGGCGCACCCAAAAAGCACUCUGUGACGGAGAUGACUUCAACAGCUGAUUCUUCGGCUGCUAGUGGUCUUACGCCUGAUUCUAUUAGGAAGAAUGCAAAUAACACUGACACAUCAAUAUCUUUCACCACAGUUACUCAUGCAUCUGAUUUAUUGCGUACAAGAACCUUGCCAAAAAGAAGCACAUCUACAAACACACAACCAACAGAGUUGCAAAUAGAGAAGGGAACCUCUCCACAAUUAGUUGCUCCUGAAGCCACAGCAAAUGUAUUUGACCAUUCUUCUGGACACAAGUUAAACAGCAAAGGAGGUUCUGACUUGCUGGAAAAAGAUUGUCCCAUGGGUGAAAAUAUCAAUUCUUCAUAUACAGAUAAUGUUUUUGAACACGUAGCUAAUCUGGAUUCAAAUGAGGCUAAAACAAUGCCUGAAAGAUUGACUAGAUAUCACAAGAAUGCAUCACAGGAAGCUGUUCAGGAAAGUGGCAAAUUUGAGAAAGAGAAACAUCUUUUGGUUAGCAAUAUAGAAGGGAACGGUACACACCCUGGAUGUACUUAUAUUGCAAGUCCCAAGAAGGAUGACCAUUCAACAUUAGUUAAUGUGGAGAUAGAAGAAACUAUUUCUAAGCCACUAAAACCCACGUCAAGCAGUGGAUCUGAUCAAAAUUUGAUGCAAGGAGAAGGAGAGUGCAGCACCGUCCGGUCCAAGUUUUUCAUGCCAUCAAUUGAGACUACUACUCAAAAGCAGCAGAAAUCAUUGUUGCAGACAAAAGUUUCUGAUGUUGGUAGCAAAAGAAUUGUCUCAAGCCAACCAAAUCAUGCAGAUGAAGGAAUGGCAUAUGGUAAAGAUGAUGAAAAUGGGAAGAAAGCUGGUAUCACAUUGCCAGGAUCGAGACCACAAUCCAAGACUAGCACUCUUCAGACAGGAAGCCAGGACAGCUUUAAACGCCUUUCUGCUAACAUUUCUCAUGUCAAGCCUUUGAGUAUAAUCCAGCAAGGUAAAUCCAUGCUACACAACACUGGAAACCCAAGAGUCAUAGAAAGUUCUGUUUCUUCGGCAACAGCAAAGAACAUUCCUGUUGGUGGCAACAAAAACUGUCCUAUUAAAGCUAGCAGUCAGUCACUGGAAUCCUCUAGCCCAAAAUUUGGAGGCAGUCAGACACUGGAUUCCUCUAGCCAAAACCUUUCCAAAAAUUUGGGAGCAAGUCUUUCUGUAUCCCAAUCAUUUUUGCUGAAAGAUGACAGAACCUCAAGGCACUUUGAUCAGAACACUGGUCUAAAGUCUAUGUUACAAGCUAAAGUUAGUAGUUCUAUCACAACAACCACACAGAAGACAAACGUCACACCUCUAAAACGGAAAAGACCAGAGAUUACGGGAGGAGUGAUAAUGACUAGUCCUUUUAAGCACCCCCCAGAAUCACCAACAAAUGGAAACAGGGAUAUUUGUGGAAUUUCAGAUAGAAUUGUUGCCAAAAAGGACAAUUACAGAGAGGACCAGACCAUCGGUAGCCAGAGAGCUGAAUGUAAAAGUUCUCCAGCGUCUGCACUUGAUAUUCAUAAGCCUGUGAACAGAAAAGAAUUAGAAGACCUUCAAACAUUGGAAGAUGAUGAUAAUGUAGACAAGGCUGAAACAUAUACGAAGGCACUUGAAGAUAUAUGCAACAUGCUUCGGAAAAUGCAUGAGGAAGCGAAAGAACUAUUAGUUCGGUCUAUUGUGAAUAACAAUAAGCUGCUGAUGCUCAACCAUCCCAUUCAUGAUGAAAAGAUCCGAGAGGUUAAAAGUUAUGCUGCUGAGUUGAUGAAGAGGGAGAUCAAGGCAUCAUCUUGAUUGUUGUUGGUUAAAGAAGCUGACGAAUGUAAAUUACAUGGUUGACAUCAUUGGCUGGCUCAUUGCACAAUGGGACACUUGGGGCCUCUUUGAAAUGGAGAUAAACUUGUAAUGACUCUUUUCUUCCAUGUUUCUUGUUCCAGUCAAGACUUGUAAUGAAUGUGAUCUUUGUACACAAGCGAACCUGCUACUUUGGGAAAUCUCUUUGAACUUCCAUCCAAUUCUAAAUGACGAGGGUUAGUUUUUUUAACACACAAACAUUUCUGUACUCUUUAUCUUUGGAUUUUAUUCAAAUUUAUAACUAGUAAAUUUGAGCUGUUAGCUUUAGGAUAUGUGUAUUAACUCAAAAGAUAUUUUUAUACGUUUUGAUAACCGUUUCUAUUUUAGUUGCCUA